AUGAAGUUUGUAGCGCUAAUGUCUGGUGGUAAGGAUUCGUUCUUCAAUAUACACCAUAGCAUAUCAAGGGGACAUGAAUUGGUAGCAUUGGGGAACUUGUAUCCAAAGCAGACCGGUAUCGAUGAGAUUGAUUCGUUUAUGUUCCAAACAGUGGGACACGAUAUAAUUGAAUAUUACAGUGAGUGUUUGGAGGUUCCGCUUUACAGACAAGAAAUUACUGGGUCAUCGAAGAAUCAACGAUUGGAGUACUCAAUCACAGAGGAGGAUGAGAUAGAAGAUUUGUACGUAUUGCUCAAGAUGGUGAAGGAAAAACAUCCAGAUGUAGAGGGAGUCAGUUGUGGGGCAAUAUUAUCGCAUUAUCAGCGAACGAGGGUCGAAAACGUAUGUGGGAGGUUGGGUUUGACGUGUCUUGCAUAUUUGUGGCAGCGAGAUCAGCUUGAGUUGAUGGGAGAAAUGUGCAAUAAUCAGUUGGAUGCCAGGAUCAUCAAGGUUGCAGCAAUCGGGUUGAAUGCCACGCAUUUGGGAAAAUCGAUUCAGCAGUUGUACCCACACUUAAUCAAGUUGAACCGGAUGUAUGAGGUUCAUAUAUGUGGUGAAGGGGGGGAAUUCGAAACAAUAGUGCUAGAUGCGCCAUUUUUCAAGCAUAAGAAGUUAGAAAUUAUUGAGCAGGAGGUUGUCAACCAUUCAAAUGAUGAUGUUUCGUACUUAAGACUCAAAGUCGAGCUACGUGAUAAGGUGGACGGCUCUUCAGAUACUACAUUGGCCCCACCGGCCUUGCUAAGUGAACAAUUCGCAACCAUUUUCGAAGAGCUUGCGGAUGAAAUCACAGAUGAAAUCAAGGAUGACAAGCAAUAUGACGAAGAUAAACUAAAUGGCGUCGAAAGCCAACCAGAGAUUUGCAUGGCUUCGGCGAAGGAUAAAUUAUAUAUUUCUAACCUAACAAGUACUAAGUCUACAUUGAAAGAGCAAACAGUCGAUAUUUUCACGAAAUUGGACGACAUCUUGAUUAACCAUAAUUCCUCGUUGAAUGAUAUUCAGCAUAUAACCUUGCUCCUCUCGGAUAUUAAUCAAUUCAGUGAAGUUAAUAAUGUAUACGAAGAGCAAUUUAGCAAGUUUUAUCUACCACCUUCCCGUAUAUGUAUUGAAACUACAUUAAGUAGCUCUACGUUGGUUCAAUUGUCAUGCAUCGUCAUACAUCCAAAAGUCAAACAAGGUAUUCAUAUUAGAUCAAGAUCGUACUGGGCACCACAGAACAUUGGUCCUUACUCUCAGAGUAUAGUUGAAGAAAGCUCACAAUAUAAAAUAGGUACACUUUCCGGGCAAAUAGCCUUAGUGCCUUCAUCAAUGGAAUUAUCAAAAUUAUCAAAUCCAGUUGCCAGAGUUUUCAGCUCUGUGUUAUCGUUACAGCAUUUGCAUCGCGUUAAAGAAUUAAUCGGCGUUCCUGAUAUCGGAAGCAUAAUUUGUUUUAUUGUUGACGCAAAAGACUUGGAUAUUGUCAGUGAAACAUGGCAAAAGUAUAUUAAUGAACUCGCCACCAGUGAUGAUGCAAAGAAUUUAAUCAUUGUUAAAGUGAAAAAAUUACCGAAAAAUGCUAGUAUUGAAUGGGGUGGAUGUAGUUUCAAGAAUAGUAUUGGAAUGUAUGAAGAUGAACAAGAAACAAAGCCCCAGACAUUGGAAAUCACCAAAAUGGUUGAUUUAUUUGAAAUAUCAAAUGUGGUUAAUAUCAAUCAUGGAAACAUACAACUCAUUACAUUGUUUACAAAUGAUUGUGACCUAGUACGCAAUCUAAUUGAAUUUAACGACAAAUUGUGUCACAGUUUGCAAAUAUUCGCUAGACUUGCGGAUGCAAAUAACCUUGGAGGUAACUUCGAAAUAAUUCCAGUUUUACAGAGUUGGACUUACGAAAAGAGGCCAUUCGCCUUUACAAUUGUUUGGACAGUGGAAAAUUAA